CUUACCGCAGGUCUGCACAGGCUAAUCUGGGACAACACUUACCACAGGUCUGCACAGGCUAAUCUGGGACAACACUCACCACAGGUCUGCACAGGCUAAUCUGGGACAACACUUACCACAGGUCUGCACAGGCUAAUCUGGGACAACACUCACCACAGGUCUGCACAGGCUAAUCUGGGACAACACUUACCACAGGUCUGCACAGGCUAAUCUGGGACAACACUCACCACAGGUCUGCACAGGCUAAUCUGGGACAACACUUACCACAGGUCUGCACAGGCUAAUCUGGGACAACACUUACCACAGUGUGUGAAAGCCAUUCUGUUCUUGGACAGCUAAAGGAGUCGUUUUGAUGUAAACGCGGGCAAUGAUAUGGGAGAGACUCCACUGCACUUGGCUGCUAAGUGGGGAUAUGAGUAAGGAGUACAAUGGAUUCCCGUAUGAUGAAAUGCAGAGCGUGGCCCUAGUAAGCUCUACCCUCCUGGCUAUGGACAAGAAACAGAAACCCUUCACUAGACGACCCUGCAUUGCUACGUUCAAGAUCAGCGGUUUUGACUGCGCACUGGUAAGUGUACAUCUGAAGGCAACCGGUCUGGAGAAUGAGGACAUCAGUCGACUGCAGGCAGAGAUUGACAAUAUGCCCAACCUUAUAGAGGCCAUUAGGACCGCUCUGCCAGAUUUUGAUGAUCUUCGAAAUCUAGGCUAUCACAAUUGUAUUGCGGACGGUGUCUUCACAAACAUAAGCGACGCCAACAAAAAAGGCAGCAAGACCUACGAUAAUAUCUGGAUAUCUAAACAGACAAAACAAGUGUUCACUGGUCAAUGUGACGUCGUGAGAGAGGGUCUGUCCAGUCCCUGGAUCCCUUAGGGCUGGACGUGGGGCGGGGUUGUGAGUAACCACUGUCCAGUGUGGGCCCAGUUCUACACGGGCCGUGACCUUGACACUGGAGACCUGAAGAUCGGACCAGAGGUUAUUAAAUUUGCACUGACUGACUGAUGUUUUGUAAAAGAUUAGAAUAUUACACAUGUUACUCUGGUUAUGUGACAGACAUCACUGAUUUCGAAUUGGUGAUGCAAUUCUUCAAACAGUAAACAGUGAAAAUAUUCCACACUUUUCAUUAUGUUAUUGCUGUGAA